CAGCGCACACAGGACCGAUUUCAUGUUUAUAUUGCACGUGAGGUGAGCGCGAGUGGAGUAGCACAUACAAUAUCACGUGACGCAAACAGCACGGUCAAAACUAAAGCUACCUGACGAAGCUGAUUAUCCAAGAGAAAGCGUGAAACAGACAAGAGAGCGGCAGAACCUAUGUAUCUGUGAGAAUUAUCCUUAUCAACUAUGUUAUGUGAUUUCGCCUGCCAGUUAUAUACUGCGCUGUCGUAGGCCUACAUAGUAACUGGUGUGGGAGGAGAUUAAACUCGGAGCUACACCAGUGUCGGUAGAAAACCCCACUCACUCACCGCCGGCAAUUGCGGCUACACAGCUGUUUUUCAAGAUGCAAGUAAUUUUAAUGUGAAAAAAUAACUUCAUUGAUAUCCUUCUUAAGUGCCCGUGUUAUAUUACCUAAGCACGUAGUCCGACGUUGUAUGUGGAGUUUAUUUCAAACUUCUAUGGAGAUAUGUAUGCUAUGUGAAAAGUUUCGGAAGUGAUAUUUAAAUUACAUCAUAAAGCUCAUAUGGAAUUUUAUAUGUUAUCAUCAUAAAAGUUAAAUUACACGUUUGGAGUUAUACUACGUUUAUCUUGUCAACAAUGGCUUCGGGAACAGCAAACGAGGAGGCCAAGGCUUCCCUCACAGGAAACCCAAAGACCAAGAAGAAAAGUGUACAAAUUAUGGAUACUAGGGACGAAAUAGUUGAGGUUACAGAGAAGCAUGGCCCACUCUACAAUGCUAUCCCAUGUAUGCCGAUUGGAGCGGCGGCCGUAUGCUGCAUACUAAACAUACUGGUACCGGGUCUUGGUACAUUCAUCUCUUCCUUCACUGUGUUUUGUGGUGCCACGACCAGGAUCGGUAAACGAUUUCACGCAUUCGUCCUUAACCUCCUCGCGGCGUUGCUACAAAUGAUCACCUUCAUCGUCAUUGUAGGGUGGAUAUGGAGCAUACUGUGGGGAAUGAACUUCGUCCAGUUUUCAUUAGCCAAAGAUGAGAAGAACAAACCUAAACUCGGACCAUAUUAUGUGAGAAGGCAGAGCAGUGUUGACGUGCCAUAACCGGUCAACCCUCGUUUUAAAGUGACCUGCUAUAAUUAACUCAUACAUAUUCAUUCUACAUAGAAAUAUGUACACCUGUGUCAUUCAUAGCACGAUGAAAUACAAAAACAUCAAACGUAGCUAAGAUGCAGUGAGCAUGCAAUACUUUCAUGAGAAAUAUGCUUAUAUUCAAAACGUGUUUAUUUUUGAGCGAGAGAGAUUAACA